UAAUUGAUUUAGGAUUUGAUAUUGCCUUUGUAAUAUUACAUGGCGAAGAUUUAGAUUGGUUAUACCCUGCCAGUAUGGUAUUUUUAAUAUUUCCAAUUUGUUUAAACACCCUAUUCACAUUUUAUCUUGUCUCCAAUGAGACAGCACAUGAAACGAAUUUUGUAUUGUGGUGGAGGAGAAAUUCAAAAACUGCAUUACUUUGCACCUUAUUUUCUGGUGCUGAUAUUGAAUGUUUAAAUUUUAUCUCUUCGGGAUUUGCUAAUUUGGAGGCAUUAAGUGCCCCGAUAUCCCUGAAAACUAAAAGAAGAAUAUUUUGGAUACAAUUUAUUACUAUAUUUAUAGAGGAUUUACCUCAAUGUAUUGUAUUGGUUAUAUUCAAAAUACAACCAAGUAUAAUACCGGUUCUAGCAUUAAUAUCAAGCGUUUUAAUGUUGUUACUUAAAUCAAUAAAUAAUUUUUAUCUUAAAAAAAGACCAAAUGAAGACCUAACUAAUAAUAAUAUAAUAAGUUUACCUGACAUCGGUAGUCCAAUUCCACCAUUAUUUGAAAAUAAUCAUUCACCAAAUGACGAAUAUGAAACACCAUAUGAAAUUGAGACCGAUAUAACGGGUGCUCCAAAGUUUCAAUUUAGGAAAGAUUUCGAUAUGCCGUCAACUAAACCUAUACUUGGUAGAAGAGUAGUAGGGAUAGUACAUCCGGAUGACGAUG